AUUUUGAAAAGCUAAUUUAAAAAGCAAUUAAUUGUCAUCUAUUGCUGUCGUAUCGCCACUUCACAGUGCCACUUUAUACAGAGCACAGUACAGACUUCAAGCAUUACUUCUUUAAUAUAUUUUUUCUCUUCUGAACCAUGGAUUUGGCACAAGAAGUCGAGUACAAGGCUUUAGCUUCAUACAAACCUGUUGAAAAGUUGAUCCAGAAUGCCAAUUCAAACGUGCAAUUGUUUUAUAAAAAUGAUAUAGUGUUUCUAACUGGUGGUUCCGGAUUUUUAGGAAAACAGUACAUUGAGAAAAUGUUCAGGACAUGUGACAUCAAGAAGAUGUACGUCCUAAUCCGGCCGAAGAAAGGAAAGACCAUUCAGGACAGAAUAAAAUUCAUUUUGGACGAUCCUGUUUUUGAUAAAUUGAGAACGACGAAGCCUAACUUUGCAGAACAAAUUGUUCCUGUCGAAGGGGAUGUGGCCGAUAUUAGGCUCGGCCUAAGCGACAAAGAAUGGGAGACCGUCGCCAAAGAUACAAGCAUCGUGGUCCACAUGGCGGCUACGAUCCGCUUUGACUCCCCCAUCAAGGUCGCUGUGGUGACCAACGUUAGAGGAACAAGGGAAGUCAUUGCGUUGGCUAAGGACUGCAAAAACCUUAAGUCUUUUAUCCACGUUUCUACCGGCUUCACCCACGCUACUGCAAGCCGUAUAGGAACUGACCUCAGGGAGGAGUUCCAUCCUACUCCUGUAUCUCCAUCAGCCAUCAUUGGAAUGGUGGAGACCAUGGAAGAUAGCAGGCUGGACAGCAUUACUGCAGAGUUGAUUAAGGAUUGGCCGAAUACUUAUACAUUCACGAAAGCUAUUGCGGAGGAGCUGAUCAGAACCACUGCUGCUGAUCUACCUGUAGCCAUUGUGAAGCCACCUUUAGUUUUGACCUCGUACAUGGAACCAACUCCUGGAUGGGCAGACACCAGCAUCAUGUCCGGACCUUGUGGAGUAAUGAUAGGCGUUGGCCUAGGUUUUCUCAGAGUGUUUUACCUGAAGAGUGACCUAAGUCUGAACAUAGCUCCCGUGGAUAUCGUCAACAACGCGAUCAUAGCUGCAGGAUGGGAUUCCGUCCAGAACAGGUCUAAAGCCAGCGAUGGAAUACCAAUCUACACAGUCAGCUCUACCAAAUGCGAAAUACCUUGGAAUUAUCUAGCAAAUCUAACACGUUCAGAAGAGUUUAAGCAUCUGGCGUCUCCUAAAGCCGUCUGGUAUUGCUAUUUACUGGAGACUAAAAACACUUAUCUGUACCUAUUUCUCUUCUGGUUCCUCCAUUAUAUACCAGCUUAUGUUAUAGACGGUAUUUGUCACGUCAUGGGGAUUAAAAUUAAGGAGAUACCUUCAGCAACAAAAGUUUACGAGAAAAUCUACAAGAUGUCGAAGGUUUUCGGAUACUUCAUGACGAACGAAUGGCACUUCAAAGAUGACAACUUGGUUGCGAUGAUCAGUCGAAUGUCUGACGAUGACAGGAAAAUAUAUAACUGUGAUAUAACAACUGUUGAUUUCAAAGAAUUCACCAAGCGUAUGAUCGUUGGCCUUCGGAAGUUCAUUGUGAAGGAUGGCCUUGUGGAUUCGGAGAAGGCCUACGUCAAACAGAAGAGGCUGUGGUACGCCAAUCUCGUCUUUAUGGUCCUGUAUAUCUACGUAUGGUUUAUGAUCGCGUUUUAUAUGUUUAAAGCUGUGAAAUAUAUUGUUUAUUAAGUCGCU